UGUAACAAUGAGAAUAAAAACUAUAGAUAAUCAAAUGAAACAAUUACAGUAUUUAAUUAAAAAAAGCCCUUUACUCUAUGAAGAAGAAUUUGAUCAAGAAUAUUUACACUAUCUAUCGCUCUUCUCUCUCUAUAAUCUCAAUCCAUCCCAAUAUAAUAAAGAUUUUGUAAAUGCCAUUAAUUUUAUUUCUAGAGUUAUACAUCUUCAUAAAAGACACUCAAAAGAAUUUUUGGAUAAUUUGAAGUUAUUUAUAGAAGAAAAAUGUAUGAUGCUUCAUGCAGAAAUGAAAUUGGUAUUUCUAAAGGUUCUCAUAACUCUGAGACGCACUGAACUGGUGGAACUCCUCGAUUUAUCUCGUCUCCUUUUUGAUCACCUUUUGCCGCAUAGGGGAUACGUAGGCGGAAAUGCGGUCGAGUUAAUUGGUGAUACACGCGACAAAAUGCUUCGAAAAAUCGCUGGAGAAUUUCUCAUUUCUGACACGGUGUCGCGCAACCUUAAACGCCGGGAUAAUAACCUCAACUCAGCUUUGCAAAAUCUGUUGCACCGCUUUGCCACCUCUUCGUCGCAUUCAUACCCUCAUAAUGGACCUCCCCCGAACGACGAUGAAGCCAGCGGAUUAGCCGGCCUUGCCUUGCGCAUUAUGACCCGCUUGUAUGCCAAGGGCAUUUGGAGAGACGCCAAAACUGUUAAUUUUCUGGCUCACGCUUGUUUUUCGAGCUCGAGUCGAAUAAUGUCAAUGGCUAUUAAUUUUUUUCUCAAUCCGGAAUUUUACCAGGAAGCCGACGAUCAGAAUCAAAAGCCGGUAAUCGAUACUAAACAGUUGAUUCAAAACAGCAAAAUUGUCAAGAAGACCAAAAGCCGAAUUCGGAAAAUGAAAAAGUCAAUCAAACAUAAUAAAAGAUUAGAAAAUGAGAAUAGCAUAGAAAAAACAAAUGUCAACACUCUCACCCUCAUAAAUUUGUUGCACGAUUCUCAAGAAUUCGCAGAAAAAUUGUUCCGACAAUUGCAACAAAGAAACGAAGGCUUUGAUCAUAGAAUGGCAACCAUUGAUUUAGUGUCUCGAAUCAUCGGGUUGCAUAAAUUGCAAAUUUUGAAUUUCUAUGUCUACAUGGAACGCUACAUACAACCACAUCAAUCCAAUGUCACUCGUCUUUUGCUGUAUCUCGUUCAAUCCGUUCACGAUUUCCUUCCAGCCGAAAUUCUAAAACCGCUUAUAAUCAAAAUCGCGAAUAAUUUUAUAACUGAGAAAAAUAGUGGGGAAGUUAUAACCGUCGGUCUUAACAGUAUUAGGGAAUUGUGCAACCGUAACCCCUUGGUCAUGGAAAAAGAUCUUCUGAAUGAUCUUGAGCUCUAUAAAUCCUAUAAAAAUAAAAAUGUGGUUAUGGCUUCGAGAUCAUUGAUAAACUUGUUUCGCCAAAAAGAUCCAUCUAUGCUUCUCAGGAAAGACAGGGGAAAGGUGGCCAAGGAUUGGAAAAAUAUUAAACCCAAACCUUAUGGUCACAGUGAUGUGAUAUCCUAUAUCGAAGGUAUCGAAUGUCUGGAAUUAUCCUCGAAAGGGAAUCACAAUUUAGAUAAAGACCAAGGGCUGACGAAAGAACAAGUUAAAAACACCACAAUCGACACUAAUUUCUCUACGAAUAUCGAUGCGAUUGAUAAAAUAAAUUCUAUAAGUCAAUUAGAAGAAAUUUCCGCAUCACGAUUAUUAACACAAGAUGAAUUGCGUUUGAUUAAAAAUUACAGGAAGCGUAGAUUAAAUGCUGAUGAUGAUUACGAAAAAAUGACUAAAAAUAGCAGUAAACGUCAAAAGACUCAAUCUCUACAUAAGAAGCAAGAAUAUAAUGAAUUGGAUAGGGAUUCUGAAGAAUCAGAAUUAGUUGAUUCGGCCAAAGAAGUGGUAUCCUCCGAAUCAGACGAUUAUAAUGAUGACGAGACGAAAUCGGACCAUCUUGACGAAGAAGCCAGAAUGACGGAAAGUAUAGAUAAUUUUAACCAAAAGGCCAAUAGAUCAGAUAAAGUAGAUGAUAUAACAAACGAAAAUCUUUCAAAAACAGACGAUGAUUCUGACGAUGAAUCGGACGACUCUGAAGUCUUACCCAGUCUUGGUGACAUUGAAAGAAUCUACAAGUUGCCCAAAAUGAAAAAGGCUGAUAGGAUUCGGGCGCUGAGAAUGAGCAAACUUUCAGCCGCUGAUGACCCAUGCCAGCCUAAACGGGCAACCACAAAUCGUGGCAAACGAAAAUUAAAACCCUUCAUGAUGGUGCGCUCUAAAAUGCGAGGAAAACGUCGUGCUCGGUCUUUCAAAGAAAAGGAGGACGUACGCAAAAAGACCAUUAAACAAAAUAGACGUUUUAAGAAGAUGAACCAUGUCAAGCGACGUUGAUUUUUUUAAAAAUUAUAAAUGAAAAAAAGUCGUGUAAAAUUAUUUGUUAAUUUAUGUUUUAUUGUAUUAUAAUUUUAUUAUUUUUUUAUUUUUUUAUUAGUCAAAUUCUUGUAAUAAAAGUGU